AUGUCGCAAAUAAACUACCGUACCAUCAAUAUCGACCAGCUCGACCCGGAGUCGUCAGCGAACUUCCCACUGGAAACCCUUCUCCCCGCCACCUUGCCCCAAUCAGAAACCUCUAGUGAUGCCGCAAAUGUCGCAUCUCAGGUACGCCAGCUGCUGCGCGGUGGAGACACUGAAGGCGCCCUCCGCCAUGCUCUCGACACAGCGCCGCUGGGCGGCGACGACCGCGCCAAGGAGGUGCACCUUGCUACAGUGAUUGAGGUGCUGCAAGGUAUUCGACAGGCUGAGAUGACUCGUGUGCUGGAGGGUAUUUGUGGUGCAGAUGGUGGAGCUGAGCGGGCAGAUUGUCUGAUGAAGUACCUCUACAAGGGCAUGUCUGCCUCCGGUUCCAGCGGUUCAAAGAACGUUUCGCCUCAGGUUACAGGCUCCGGUUUCUCGCAGGUCCAGGCCCGUAAUGUCAGCGAGGGUGGCGGUGGCCAGCAGAUGAGCGUGCUGCUCAAUUGGCACGAGAAGUUGGUGGAGUUGACGGGAACUGGUUCAAUUGUUCGAGUUAUGACGGAUCGCCGGACGGUUUGA